AAAUCUUCACCACCACCACAAUCAGCAACAGCAGCACCAUCCUCCACCACCCACCUUCCAAUCCAUCAUCCGUACCACCAAAACACUUAUUUAUAAAUAACAUAACAUACAAUAUAUUAAAUUUCCUUUUCCCCUUUUCUAAUAGGACCACAGUAACAGCCCACCAGCCCAAAGAGAAAAAAAAAAAAAAACAAAACAAAAACCACAACCCUUUCCUUUUUAUUUUAGAAAAAGAAAAAAGUUUCUGUUGGAUAGGCAGCAGUAGGGCGUGGUUAACCCCAAAAGCUGAGUCAAACACGCCAUCCAUUUUUCCUUUUCUUUUCAAUUUCUGUUUGUUUUUAAGAAAAGAAAAAACUCGACUCGGUCCUGUCUCCUGCAACUCAGACACCACUCCCCUAUGUACCCCUCCACGUGGGGUGGCUCUGUACUCUCUCUCUCUUUCUUUUGCUCUGCACCUAAAACAACAGCUACGAUCCAAUCGGUACCCGACACGCUACUCACUCCUCUCUGCUCUAUGAUCUAUCUCAUCCAUACUACGGCUACUACUUCAUAUAAUACAUUCAUAUAUCUUCUCUUUCUCCCUUUUCUUCGAGAAAAAAGAAAAAAACUAUAUAUUAUUGUUUUCUUACUAUUCAAAUAAACAUAAUAAAUGCAAACAAAAGGCAGGCGCCGCUCGGCAGCGUCGUACAACAUUGUGUUAGGGCUGACAUCAUCUUCAUCACUCUCUCUCUCAUGUCUAAUCAUGCGGCGGCUAUCUAUAUAUCUGCUUCUUCUUCUUUUUCUUUUCUAAUUUUAUUCAGAUAUUGUUAAUAAUAUUUUUUGAAGUUCUUCUGGGACCCAUUUUUUUCUUAAUGCUGAUUUCGCAGAUAUUCCUUCAGUAAAGAAUCACCGCUCGAUGCUGAUCAGACGGUGGAAAGCAAACAUGCGCAGAAAAUGAGAGGGAAAGGAAACGAAGAAGGUUGUCGUAUUCUUUUAUAUAUAAAUAUAAACAUAAGCUGGCCGUGCCGUUCAGCCGACGAUUACGGGUGACUACGUGGGUCCCUCUCCACUAUUUCUACACACUCCCUCUUUUUUAGACAUCUCUCUCUUUCUCUUCCUUUGUUUCCUUUUCUCCGUGUAAAGUUUGCUUUCCCUUUUUUUUAUUUUUUCCUUCAAUUCUCUUCCAUGGCUUCUUCUUCUUCUUCUUCUUCUACUACAAGGGAAGGACACUACAGAGGAGUGAGAAAGAGGCCAUGGGGCCGUUACGCAGCAGAAAUACGAGACCCGUGGAAAAAAACAAGAGUAUGGUUAGGUACAUUUGAUACACCUGAAGAAGCUGCACUUGCUUAUGAUGGCGCAGCUCGUUCUCUUCGUGGUGCUAGGGCUAAGACUAACUUCCCUGCUCCGCCCACCGCUCUUUCUCUCGACCUCAAUGUUCCUUCUGACCAUUCUCACCACCACCACCGUUGGGCCUCCGCAUCUCCUUCUGGUCAUCGCUUCGCUCUGGGUGAGUUCUUGCAGACUGGGGUUCUUAAAGAAUUUACCUUUAAAGGUGAACCCAGUUCGAGUCAGAUGAAAAAUGAAACAGUUGUCGUUCCUGGAGUUGGUGGUGCUCCGCUGCCGGAAAACAGUGGUCAAGCGUCGUUUUUGGGGAUUGUGCGACGCGGGUUACCUAUAGAUUUGAAUGAGCCACCACCGCUGUGGCUGUAAUUAUAUGAUGGAUACUUGGUUAGUUCUUUAUCUUACUACUACUGCUAAUGACGAGGCGUGUCUUACUUGUUAGGGCAUUUUCCGGCAGCUUUUAUUAACAUUACUAUUUUCUCCCUUUUCUCUAAAAAGAAAAACAGAGAAUUAUUUUCUAUGGUCCUGAUGUAUUGAAGGGGAGCAAGUAACAUCAAAUCAUUUCAGAUGACUUAUCAAUGGGCUAUGUAUAUAUUGUCGUUUCGUGUUUCUUUCUUUUAAUGAAACACCUCUUCCUUUCCUAA